AUGUUUACUACAUCUCCAAUCAUGAACACAAAAAUCCAUAAGCUUUUAACUUGCCCUUUGUUUUGCUUCUUGUUUCUCAGUUCCUUUGUGUAUGGCCAACUUGAUUACAAAUAUUACGAUUCCACUUGUCCCAACCUCAAAAGAAUUGUUAAAUCUGGCAUCUGGUCUGCUAUUUCAAAUGACACUAGAAUGGCUGCAUCUCUUUUGCGCCUGCACUUCCAUGACUGUUUCGUCAAUGGAUGCGACGGGUCAGUGCUACUUGAUGAUACUAGUACAUUCACAGGAGAGAAGAAUGCAUUUCCCAAUCGAAAUUCAGCCAGAGGAUUUGAAGUCAUUGAUGCAAUAAAAGCUAACUUAGAGAAAGCUUGCCCAUCUACAGUUUCAUGUACUGAUAUACUGGCUCUAGCAGCUAGAGAAGCUAUCUAUCUUUCUGCAGGCCUCUUUUGGUCAGUGUCCUUGGGACGUCGAGAUAGUCUUACUGCAAGUCAGAGUGCAGCUAAUACUCAGCUUCCAUCACCUUUCGAGCCCUUAGAGAACAUUACUGCAAAAUUUGUUUCUAAGGGUCUUGAUGUAAAAGAUGUCGUGGUGCUUUCAGGUGCCCACACAAUUGGAUUUGCUCAAUGUCGCACGUUCAAGCGAAGGCUGUUUGAUUUUGAUGGAUCAGGCAAUCCUGAUCCAACACUGGAUUCAUCAUCGCUAGACAAUCUACGAACCAUUUGUCCGAACCAAAAUGAUUCAGAUUCUAACCUGGCCCCUUUAGAUGCAGUCACAAUCAACAAGUUUGACAAUGUAUAUUACAAGAACCUAAUGAACAAUUCAGGGCUUCUUGAAUCAGACCAAGCUCUCAUGAGUGACAAAACAACUACUGCACUGGUUUCAACCUACAGCAAGAAUCCUUAUCUUUUCUCUAAGGAAUUUGCAGCAUCAAUGGUAAAGGUGACCAAUAUAGGUGUGCUAACAGGACAAGAUGGAGAGAUCAGAAAGAACUGUAGGCUGGUGAAUUAGAAAGUGAGAUUAUUAGCUAUGCUAGCUAAUAACAUAUCUUCAAUGUUUGUUUGAUGUAGUAUAAGAAACCAUCUUGGAUUUAGUAGAAA